GUGGAUUUGGGCGACAGGAGACCAAGAUGGGCAAGGGAGGAAACGCGCCAAAGCUCGCGACUCAUGUGGAGCCGCGCACGGACUUCUACUGGGAAAAGACCGACGAGCCGCAUGCGACUCGGCGAAAGCUGAUCACGGCCAAGUACCCUCAGAUCAAGUCGCUCUUUGGUCAUUGCCCCCGCACCAAGUACUACGUAGUGGUGGCCGUGACCGUGCAAACGUUGAUGGCGUACGUCACCAAGGACAAGAGCUGGGCGGUGUGGUUGGCUGUCGCGUACAUCGUUGGUGGAACGUUUAACCACAUGAUGAUGAUGGCGAUGCACGAGUUGUCGCACAACUUGGGCUUCAAGAAGCCCGUGUACAAUCGCAUCCUGUCGUUGAUUGCAAACAUGCCGAUGGGCGUGCCUGCUGCCAUCUCGUUCAAACGCUACCACAUGGAACACCAUCGAUACCAAGGCGAAGACGGCGUCGACGUGGACAUCCCCACGGUGUUGGAGGGCAAGAUCUUCAACAACAAGAUCACCAAGCUCAUCUUCGUGUUCACGCAAGCGUUCUUCUACAGCUUGCGUCCGCUGUUUGUGAACCCCAAGACCCCUGGUUUCUGGGAAUUUGUCAACUACGCGUCGUGCAUUGCAUACAACUAUGCGAUCUACCACUUUUGCGGCGCGUCCGGGCUCGGCUACUGCCUGGCCAGCACCGUCUUGGGCGCCGGACCUCAUCCUUGCGCGGGCCACUUCAUCUCGGAGCACUACGUGUUUGUCAAGGGCGCGGAAACGUACUCGUACUACGGCCUGCUCAACCUUGUCACGUUCAACGUGGGCUACCACAACGAACACCACGACUUCCCGUUCGUCCCGGGUAGCCGCCUGCCUGCCGUCAAGGCGAUGGCGCCCGAGUUUUACGACACGCUGCCGCAGACGUCGUCGUGGGUGGGGGUCCUCUUCGACUACGUUUUGGACGACUCGAUCAGCGCGUACAGCCGCGUGAAGCGAAAGACGCUGACCGAUGCGGAAAAGAACAAGCUCAAGUCCGAAUAACCCAGUCAUUCGGGGGCAUAUGAUGUAACAAGGACGCUGGUUGAAUAAAUAUGGAAUGCUUGCAUGUGGAGGGGCGCUACUACUACUACUUCAGUACGAACAGCAAGAAGUAAGUACUAGUACUACUUACGUUACUAGUAUGAAGUUAUGAAUAGUAUACAAGUCAAAUCACGGCGGCUGUACAGUACAUGAGAUCCGUGAAUAAGUAAGUUGGCCUGUGGCAGCCAAACUGGAUUGAAAUAUACUGCUAUACGUGAG